AACGUCAGUGAGGCAGGAACAAGGACAGACUUGUACUGUAGCAUAACGCUGUUCACCUCGUUGGUUAUACACUGCCAGCGGUGAUUUCACUACUUGGAUAAAUCGGGAUCAUUGAUUUCGUAUAUUGUUGCUCCAGAUUGGUGCUUUCAUUCACGUGUGCGAGUUGGUGACCUGUGUCUGUCCGUCUAUCUAUCCAGGUGUGUGCUGGUGACACUUUUCCAUGGAGAUGCAGGUGGUGCAGCGGGCCAGGGAGAACUUCCUUGCCGGGAGGUCGCGACCCCUGGAGUUCAGAGUUCAGCAGCUCAAGUCCCUCCAGAGGAUGAUCACAGACAGACAGGGAGAGAUCGCCACCGCCCUCAAACAGGACAUCAACAGGAGCCAGUACGACACCCCAUUGUUGGAGUUGAUCGGCCUGGAGAAUGAGAUCAGCCUGGCUGUGUCAAAGCUGACGCAGUGGGCUGCUCCUCGGCCAGUAGAGAAGAGCCUCCUCACCAUCUCAGACCAGGUAUACAUUCAGCCAGAGCCCCUGGGAGUGGUCCUCAUCAUCGGGGCCUGGAACUACCCCUGGGCCCUCACUCUGCAGCCCCUGGUCGGGGCCAUCGCUGCUGGCAAUGCUGCUGUGGUGAAGCCAUCUGAGCUGAGUGAAUACUCAGCUAGUCUCCUCAAAGCUCUGCUCCCACGAUAUCUGGACCAGGAGCUGUACCCUGUAGUGUGUGGGGGUGUCUCAGAGACCCAGGAGUUGCUGCGUCAGCGUUUCGACCACAUCUUCUACACAGGGAACAGCACUGUGGGUAAACUGGUGAUGGAGGCCGCAGCCCGACACCUCACCCCUGUGACCCUGGAGCUGGGGGGGAAGAGCCCCUGUUACAUCGAUAAGGACGUUGACCUCAGAGUUGCGUGCCGGCGUAUCACCUGGGGGAAGUUUGUGAACUGUGGUCAGACGUGCAUCGCCCCAGACUACAUCCUGUGUGAACCCAGCAUCCAGAACAGAGUGGUGGAGGGCAUCCGGCAGACACUACUGGAGUUCUAUGGGCCCGACCCCAAAUCCUCCCCUGACUAUGGCCGCAUCAUCAACCAGCGCCACUUCAACCGCGUAAUGGCUCUACUGGAUGGCUACACAGCGGCGCUAGGGGGCCAGAGUGACUCAUCACAGCGCUACAUUGCCCCCACGGUGGUGAAGGACGUGCCCCCCCAUGCUAGGCUGAUGCAGGAGGAGAUCUUCGGCCCUCUGUUGCCCAUAGUGACCGUCAGCGACAUAGAUGACGCCAUCCACUUCAUCAGCGAGAGAGAGAAGCCCCUGGCGAUCUACGUCUUCUCCUCCAACAAGAAGGUGAUUAAGCGAAUGCUGGCUGAGACUACCAGUGGCGGGGUGACAGUCAACGACGUUAUGAUGCACUACACCCUCAACUCUCUGCCCUUCGGGGGUGUAGGUCAGAGUGGAACAGGCAGGUAUCAUGGGAAACACACCUUUGACCAGUUAAGCCACCAUCGGGCGUGUCUGGUCAAGUCCCUGGGCAUGGAGCGGGUCAACAUGCCGCGGUAUCCGCCCCAGAACCACCAGAAGGCUCGCAGGGUCAGGCUGGCCAUGAGGACCCCACUGGUUGACUUCUCCAAGGGCACCUACAUCUGGGCCGUCACGGCGUCCAUUGUGGCUCUGGGACUCCUGGUCGCCCUGACUGUGAUUCUAAUACUAGCGGCCGGCGUCAGCUGUACCUGUUGGUGAUUGAUGGAUAGACACAG